AUGGCGCCUAAGAGGUCUUCAAUACCAACCUCGAUAGACGAGCUCCCUUCGUCCGAAGAAGUCAAGGAACAAGUCAAAGAAAAAGCAAAGGGCGCCUUCUCAGGCCUUCGCUCUCUUGCAGCUGGCGGUGUCGGAGGUGUUUGCGCCGUCGUAGUCGGUCAUCCAUUCGACCUGGUGAAAGUACGGCUACAGACGGCUGAAAAGGGUGUCUAUUCGGGUGCCAUCGAUGUGGUCAAGAAAACAGUCGCUCGAGAGGGUCUUGCUCGGGGUCUCUAUGCAGGCGUCUCUGCACCGCUCGUCGGCGUGACGCCCAUGUUUGCAGUCAGUUUCUGGGGGUAUGAUAUGGGAAAGCGGCUGGUUGAUACGUUCACCACGGUGCCUGUGAAGAACAACACUCCACAGUAUAGCAUUGGACAAAUAUCAGCGGCGGGGUUCUUCUCGGCUAUUCCCAUGACGCUUAUUACUGCACCGUUUGAGCGUGUGAAGGUGCUUCUCCAGAUUCAAGGCCAGAAAGAACUCGCGCCGGGCGAGAAGCCGAAAUACGCUGGCGGAAUUGAUGUCGUAAGACAGCUGUACAAGGAGGGUGGAAUCCGCUCUGUGUUCCGAGGGAGCGCCAUGACGCUGGCGAGAGAUGGACCUGGCUCGGCGGCGUACUUUGCUGUGUAUGAGUACGUCAAGCGCAGUCUGUCACCGAAGGACGCCGAGGGUAAUGCGACAGGGGAAUUGAGCCUGCCAGCUGUCAUGACUGCUGGUGCUUGUGCUGGUGUGGCCAUGUGGAUUCCUGUGUUCCCUGUCGAUACCAUCAAGAGCAGGAUUCAGACGGCCGAGGGACGACCAACUAUCUCCGGUGUUAUUUCACAAGUGUACAGGUCGGGGGGUGUCAAGGCUUUCUUCCCUGGAUUUGGACCCGCGUUGGCGAGAGCCGUCCCUGCGAAUGCGGCGACGUUUGUCGGCGUGGAACUGGCGCACAAGGCAAUGAACUCCGUCCUUGGCUGA